AUCUAGUUCAACAAUACGGUCACCGUGGGUCCGGGGAGGGUAGGGGAGAACCUACCACUCCUUUGCCCCUCCCGGGGUUGUCGCGGGUCGCUUCCUGCCACUUGGCUGGUUGGUGUAAAGCCGUGAAAAUUGUUAUCCCACCGCAAAAUCGCCCUCGCUUACGCACAUACGGUUACAGGUUACGUGUCAACCACCCGAAUGCGUGCGGGUGCGGGUGGCGAGUGUGGAGGAAAUGGUUUGAAUGCAUGAACAUUCGUAGACGUAGAACGAGUCCGUCCACGCAACACCGGCACCGGUGGGAAAUUUGGUUAAAAAUAAAUCCUCCGAAAGCCAGAGUUUGUACGUUUAAAGUGUGUCGGGUCUAGAUCCAGCUCCCCAGCGCACGACCACUAAACCGUCACCUAGAGGGCAGCACUAGCGGAGUACAGCGACACAAAGACCCCCAACGUACCACACCCAUACCAUGAGGCGGCCGUACGUUGAAUCAUUGCAUGAAAGGUGGCCACUGCGUUAGAUGCGUAUGCCGGUGUGUGUGUGUGUGUGUAUGCGUAUUGUGCAACUUGUGGGAAGCUGCAGAGGAGUAUAUCGGUAGCUAGAGGGCCUCGGUUUGCGCAAACGCACCGCAGCAUACCUUACCCAGGGAAGCUGUGGCCGAAGCUGUGAGCCCGUGCACCGUGCCGCGACUGCCUAAUAAUAGGCCUGCGCAUAACCGGCCGCGCAGGCCGAAAUAUAAAAAGACUGUGUUUGUCGGUCGCCGAAUAAGGCGAAUAAGACCCGCCUGAAGGAAGGAAGCAGCCGUAGUUAUCAGCGACGGCGCUUCUUUAAAAUCAGUCGCUCACGAGCUGUAAUCGAGUAGAGUCGUUCUAAUCUAACCAGCUAAGCACCAUGUCUGAGAAGGAGAAGAAGGUCAAGAAGAAGAAGGCGUCGUCCAAGGAUGACACCCCAGCAGAUACCCCUGGAGCAGACACCCCGGCGGCACCGACCCCCUCGGACUCUGCGGCCGGCUCGCAGCGCGGCUCGACCCGCGGCUCGUCGUCCCGCAAGGCAAAGAAGGCCCCAUCCUCGGUCUUCGUUCUCUUCUCCCAGAAGCAGAUCGCCGAAUUCAAAGAGGCUUUCGCGCUAAUGGACAACGACAAGGAUGGUGUCAUUGGCAAGAACGAUCUCCGCUCCACCUUCGACGCCCUCGGCAAGCUGGUGUCGGACAAGGAGCUGGACGAGAUGCUCGGUGAGGCUACGGGACCGCUCAACUUCACCCAGCUGCUGACGCUGUUCGCCAACCGCAUGUCGGGUGGUGGCCAGGAUGACGACGAUGUCGUCAUCAACGCGUUCAAGGCCUUCGACACCAACGGCAAGAUCGAUGGCGAGAAGUUCCGCUUCGCCCUGACCCACUGGGGCCAGGACAAGUUCACCGAGGACGAGGUUGACGAUGCAUUCGAUCAGAUGGUCAUUGACGAUAAGGGCUACAUCGACACUGCUGCUCUGAUCGGCAUGCUCACCGGAUCCGAGGAGGGAGAGGAAGAAUAAAUUUUAUAAUUAAAAGCCAAAAACAAAACCAAAAAACUAACCUAAAAAAAAUCUAAACAAUGAAUUCUGUUUAUUUUGUAUAACUA